AUGGCUGCUCAUGUCAUCAUUCUCGAUGCGAGUGCACGCAGGGCACUUAUUAAAGUGACACCUGCAAAACAUAUGAGUGAUGUCCUGGGGGAAGCCUGCUCCAAGUUCAAUAUCAACCCCGCGCAGUAUGGCCUCAAACAUCAGAAAAAGACAGUUGAUCUGUCCUUAUCCUUCCGGCUCUCUGGCUUGAGCUCCGGAGCCAGGCUAGAGCUAGUGCAGCUGUCUAAAUCUCCAACAGUUGUAUCUAUUGCCCUCCAGUUGCCUGAAUCGGAAUCACAAGGCGUUCCUAAUAAUCGACUGAUGGAUAAAUUCCCUAGCAACACUACUCUAUGGCUGGUGCUACGGAAGUUUGAAGCUGGAGUUGCAGGAGGUAGCAGAAAAUUCAACUUGACGGCAAGAGGAGCUCCACAGGCGCAAGAGGGUGAUUCAGGCUCUGUCAGAGUAUUUUACGAAGCUCCAGUGCUUAACAUCAUGGGCAAAGAGCUGUUUUCUUUCACGGACUUGCAGAAGACACUCAGCCAACUGGGAUUAAAUAAUGGCAGCGCGUUGGUAAGGCUAAGUUUUCGCAGGACUGACCAACCCCUAGAAGAGGCCAUGGUGGAAAUCGAUGCAUACUUUAAAUCUGUGGAUGGAGACCAGGGCAAGGCUGGAUCUAGUGAAGGCCCGUCUUCGGCGGUUGAUACUCCAUCAACAGAAGCACCGGUACCUGCAGAUGAUACCCCAAACGUCAACGAGGAAGAGGGUCUGCAAGCCAACACGGGCGAAGACGCAGUAAUUUCAAGUGAAAAGGGCGCAACUCAGGGAGGUGAAGGACAGGGAAAACGGAUACAGGAGAUUCAGGAUCAGCCAGCCCCUGUGCCAGUGACUAUCUCUUCUAGACCGGUCACCGUAUUUGCACCACCCUCCAGUUCGACUCCUCAUUCCGCCCAGACUCCCUAUAAUGAGAGAGAUUACCUUCCCACUAUUGAACACGCUCAAUCUCAUCAAAAGCGGCUGAAUGCAGCGAGCCGCCCCAACCGUUUAGCCGGUGAUGUUGAACUUGCGGCCCAAGAAACCGCGGCACAGGAGAGGCUGGCAAAGAUAAACGAGAUUGAAGUGAAAAUCCGCUUUCCUGACCAAAGUCAGGCAGUUUCCAAGUUCACAAAGGAGGAUACAGCACAGUCACUCUAUGUGUUUGCAAGAAGCUGUCUAGAUACUCCCUUGGCAGACCAACAAUUUUCACUUUUCUACUUCCCUACUGUUACAGCUGGUGCUUCUCGGGUGCAGGCACAGAUUCCAGCAAGUGAAGAUAUCACCCUUAUCCAUGGGCUCAAGAUGAGUGGGAGAGUGCUGGUUAACUUUUUGUGGGAUCAAAACGCCGCUCUCUCCGCCCGUAGUGCUGGCGGGUCUGUACUCAGGCCUGAAUUGCGGCAAGCAGCUGGGAAGCUACAGGUCAAAGACGUUGCGGCUGACGUUGAGGACGAGAAAGCCGAAGACAAAUCUCAAGUUCAUAAGACACAGCCGAGCUCUUCUGAAGGAUCAAAGAAGAAAGGGGGUAUGCCAAAAUGGCUAAAGCUACCCGGCAAGAAAUAG